AGGAAUACGGAGGAUGUUUUCAUUUUUCUGUUCCUUUAUGGAGAGCCUGACACUUCUACUAAACGAACAACAACAGGAGAAGAGCGUUUACCAAGUAUUUGCGUAAUUGAUUAGAAACGGCGUGGCUUCUGAAAAGGGAGCUCUGCGUCUUUAAGACUACACAGGGGCUCUCCGCUCAGAAGCAGACAGAGCGGCUCUGCAGCAGCGACUCAUCCUAUCGAUAAGGUCCAGUUAGCCAAGGUGGAGGAUGGGAAAAGAAUGGAGCUGUCCCAGCUACUCAAUGAGAUCAGGGCAAACUAUGAAAAGCUCCUCACCAGAAAUCAGAUAGAGACCGUGCUCUCAACAAGGAUCCAGGUAAUGAUUUCAUACAGACAGGCACCUUCCAGGAGAAGGAGGCAAUCCAUGUCUAUCCAAUUCCUCUCCCGGCCUCUCUGAGCUAGAAGAAGAUAUAAGCAAAAAAAUGGACAAAGAUGAAGAGGCUUUAAAGGCAGCUCAAGCAGAACUCAAGGAAGCCCGACGCCAGUGGCACCACCUGCAAGUGGAAAUUGAAUCUCUCCAUGCUGUGGAAAGGGGCCUUGAAAACUCGCUGCACGCCAGUGAGCAGCAUUACCAGAUGCAGCUCCAAGGCCUGGAGGCCGUGAUUGAAGGACUAGAAAAGGAGCUCCAAGAAGUAAGGCGCGGCAUUGAAAAGCAGCUUCAAGAGCAUGAGCUACUUCUCAACACGAAGAUGAGGCUAGAACAAGAAAUAGCAACUUACCGCCGCCUCCUAGAAAAGGAAGAAAUCAGAUAUUACGGCUGUAUCCAAGGUGCGAAAAAAGAACAAAAACCUACAACUAGAGUUGGUUUUGUUUUACCUUCAGCCAUUAUAAAUGAAAUAUCUUUUUCAACGAAAGUCCCACAAAAGUAUGAGAAUGAAAAAGUGGAAACAGUGACCAAACAGGCAAUAUUAAAUGGAAAUAUCGUGAAGGAAAGCACUGAAGCUCAUGGUACUAUUCAGACAGAGAAAGUGGAUGAAGUUAUUAAAGAAUGGGAAGGUUCCUUCUUUAAAGAUAACCCUCGAUUAAGGAAAAAAUCUGUUUCUCUUCGAUUUGAUCUUCAUUUAGCAGCCACUGAUGAAGGGUGUUUACAGACUAAACAGGACAACCUACCAGAUAUAGAAGUCAGGCUUAUCAUGAGGAGAUCAUGCAGCAUACCCUCUAUCAAAACUCCAUCAGCAGCUAAUUAAUCCAAAGAUGGUAUUUGACUUGAUUGGAAAAUGAUAUUAGGAUGGACCAAGGUGGGCCAUGCUGACCCACUUCUGUCCCAAAAUGUAAGUUAUUCAGUAUCUAUGUUAUGAUCAAUGUGUGAUUCUCUUUAGGGAAUAAAAAAUGGCAUGGGACAAAAUUUCUCUGAAUCUAAUUAUGGAUGUAUUUUUUGGAGAGGGGGAGCUUAAAAAUAAAAUCAGAAAUCAGUAUGGUUUCUAUUUUAUUUAUUCUCCAAAUAGUCUUUUUUUUUUGAAAUUUUAUCAGAGACUGUAAGCAUUAGCUGGCUUAGUUAAGUCUUUGAAAUUUCACUCAAUGGCUGAAUACUCUGAGGAAAAGGGAAUAGUUUAUUUAAAUAUGAUUACAUUAUGUUAAGCAUCACAGAGUUAUUCAUCACUAUGACUGAUUGUAUCUAAAAAUAUUUUUCUAGUUUAAAAAGAAAGAAAUUAUAAACAAACUUUUAAAGAGGACUCACUAUUCACUUAACCAAAAAGUUUUCCUAUUGUGACAAUCAUUUGAACACUUAGAAAAAUAAGUUAUAUUACAUGAGCAGUUUUGAGCAAACUGUAGGACACAGCCCAGUGCUAAUUUGAUGAUUAAAUAAAAUUGAUCUUCAUCUGAAAGUGUUUUGUAGUCAUUACCUGAUCUCCAGAAGUUACUUUAUUCAAAGAACUUUAAAGGAUAUGUCCUCUCCCACAAAAAUUGAGGCCAGCUGCACAAAAUAUGGAAAGCUGGUUACUACAGUUAUUAGUACAGGGUUAGCCAAUCUUUCGCCAUCCCAACUUUUCCAUUUAUAAAGUUAAAUGUGACUAAUUGGAGUAUUUGAUAUGAGCAUUAGGUAAGAUACUAUAUGAAGUAUUAUAAAUAUUUCCUGCAAUCAUUUAUGUGAAUUAGGAUAACAGUAUUGUUAUCUAAGCUAAGAAUAUUUGAAGGAUUUAUGCUUUUAAAUUGUUCAAACUGUAAUAAAUAUGGAUAGAAAAUAUACUUGUGAAUAAGUCAAGUAUUCUUGCAAAGUUUUUUAAACAACCUAAUUUAAUACAGGUAUAUUUAUUUUAUAACCUUAAAUAAUAAGUACCUGUUUUCAAACAUUAGAAAUUUAUAGGCUAGUAAUUAUUUUCUAAACAGACAAAAUGUUGAGUACCAUUCACCAUACUUUUUUCCCAGCUAAAGUAUCAUCCAAGGGCUAUAGCUAUGUUAGCAUUUUAGUACAGCCUUUGCAAUCACAAUCAAUAUCUCUCUCUCUCUCCUCCUCCCCCCCCCCACACAACUUUCUCUCUUUCUUUUAUUUCAACUAAAAAAAGUAUAUUUUAACCAGAAGGAAAUUAUGUUAAAUAACCUUUAACAUAAUACAGGGAUAUAACGUUAAAUUUUUCUUUCAAUUACUUCAGAUUUCUUUUAGCCUGGCUUAUUCUAUUUAGUGAAAGGGAUGAUUUUGUUGUCAAGGAUACAACAGCAUGUUAAGUGCUUAUUUUUACAUAAUCAUCUUACCUAUAGUACAUCCUAUACAUAAAAAUGUUUUCAUUCAAUAUUAGUUAAAUGUUGCUAACUUUAUUAAAGCUUUAACAAAUGCAAUCAUACAAGCUAUUAUAGUAAAGUUACUGUACUAAGCAACGGUAAUCAUAAUAACGCAAUAUAUGUAGUGCUAUGCAGUGUUAAAAACUUAGUACUGGGCAUUAUGAAUGUAACUGCUUGUUAUAGUAAAUCCACUGUGCAGCUAGUGUGUGUAAAAUGUACAUUUUGAAAUAUAGUACUUGGAUUUAUAACAGUUUUAUUUGCUUUGGGGCAUUUUAAAUUGGGAUAUGAAUUUACCAGAGUAAAUGAUACCACUACAAUAAAAUAAAAAAAACUGAAACAUGAACUCUAAA